AAUUUUCUCCUUCCUGGAUGUGGUCACUCUGUGUCGCUGUGCUCAAGUUUCCAGGGCAUGGAAUGUUCUGGCCCUGGAUGGCAGUAACUGGCAGCGAAUUGACCUGUUUGAUUUCCAGAGGGACAUUGAGGGCCGGGUGGUCGAGAACAUUUCCAAGAGAUGUGGGGGAUUCCUGCGGAAGCUGAGCCUGAGGGGCUGCCUGGGAGUGGGGGACAACGCCUUAAGGACCUUUGCCCAGAACUGCAGGAACAUCGAGGUGCUGAACCUCAAUGGCUGCACCAAGAUCACGGACGCCACCUGCACGAGCCUCAGCAAGUUCUGCUCCAAACUCAGGCACCUGGACUUGGCCUCCUGCACCUCCAUAACCAACCUGUCCCUGAAAGCACUGAGCGAGGGAUGCCCGCUGCUGGAACAGCUCAUCAUCUCCUGGUGCGACCAAGUGACCAAGGAUGGGAUCCAGGCCCUGGUCAGGGGCUGUGGGGGGCUCAAAGCCCUGUCCCUGAAGGGCUGCACCCAGCUCGAGGAUGAGGCCCUGAAGUACAUUGGAGCACAUUGUCCCGAGCUGGUGACUUUAAACCUCCAAACCUGCUUGCAAAUCACGGACGACGGGCUGAUCACCAUCUGCAGGGGCUGCCACAAGCUGCAGUCCCUGUGUGCCUCCGGCUGCUCCAACAUCACCGACGCCAUCCUCAACGCCCUGGGGCAGAACUGCCCUCGCCUCAGGUGGGUGUGCCCCGGAAUUCCCUGGAAUUCCCUGGAAUUCCCACCCCCACGUGGAGCGGGGGGGUCCUGGGGCAGCGCUCGGGUGCCACCGGGGCCGUUUUCAGCCUUCCUGGAAGGGCAGUUUUUGUCCCUGAGCUUCAUCCAG